AUUCCUGAUUAUACUUAGAGCUCUGAGGGCUGCUGACGCAGUCAUUAGCCUAGGACCCUUCACUAACUAACUCUGCUUUAAAAUGUGAAUGGUGAGGAGAGAUUUUUCCUUUGCGUUGUCCAGAAAGAACUUUCUUCUGCCUGAUUCUGGAUUAAUCAUGAGAGAGCUUGUCAACAUUCCUUUGGUACAUAUUCUGACUCUGGUGGCCUUCAGCGGGACUGAGAAGCUUCCAAAAGCGCCUGUUAUCACCACUCCUCUUGAGACCGUCGACGCUCUAGUUGAGGAAGUGGCCACUUUCAUGUGUGCAGUGGAAUCCUAUCCCCAGCCCGAAAUUUCCUGGACUAGAAAUAAAAUUCUCAUUAAGCUCUUCGACACCCGCUACAGCAUUCGGGAGAACGGGCAGCUGCUCAGCAUCCUGAGCGUGGAGGACAGCGACGACGGCGUCUACUGCUGCACCGCCAACAAUGGCGUGGGGGGAGCCGUGGAGAGCUGCGGAGCCCUGCAAGUGAAGAUGAAACCUAAAAUAAUACGUCCUCCCAUAAACCUCAAGAUAGUAGAAGGCUUGAAGGCAGUCCUGCCCUGCACUACGAUGGGCAACCCCAAGCCGGCAGUGUCAUGGAUCAAGGGGGACAGCUCUCUCAGGGACAACUCCCGCAUCGCAGUUCUUGAAUCUGGGAGUUUAAGGAUCCACAAUGUACAAAAAGAAGAUGCAGGGCAUUACCGCUGUGUGGCCAAAAACAGCCUUGGGACAGCGUAUUCCAAGCUGGUGACAUUGGAGGUUGAAGGAGAAAGCGAACCUGAGCAAGAUACUAAAGCCUCUGCCAGCAUCCUGCGGGCGCCCGAGUCCCACAACGUCAGCUUCGGCGCCCGCGUGAGUCUGCGCUGCACGGCCACCGGCAUCCCCGUGCCCAGCGUCACCUGGACUGAAAACGGAAUCGCUAUUUCAUCUGGGUCGAUUCAAGAAAGCGUAAAAGACCGAGUAAUCGACUCAAGACUGCAGCUGCUGGUCACCAAGCCAGGGCUGUACACGUGCAUUGCCACCAAUCAGCACGGGGAGAAGGCUAGCACUGCAAAGGCCGCAGCCACCAUCAGCAUAUCGGAAUGGAGUAAUCCGCAGAAAGAUAACAGAGGCUACUGCGGCCGCUACAGAGGGGAGGUGUGCAACGGUGUCUUGGCCAGAGAGUCUCUGGUUUUCUUCAAUAACUCCUACGCGGAGCCCGAAGAGGCCCAGGAGCUACAGGUGCACCGUGCCUGGAGUGAGCUGGAGGCCGUCAGCCCUUUCUGCCAACCGGCGGUGGAGGCCCUGCUGUGUCAGCAUGUCUUCCGGGAAUGUCGGCCGGCAGAAGUGCCUGUGCCCACGCCUCUUUGCAGAGAGUACUGCCUGGCCGUGAAGGAGCUUUUCUGUGCCAAAGAGUGGUCGGCUAUAGAAGAAAAGGCCCGCAGACGCUUCUCCAGAUCUGCAGCUCCCCCGUCAGCCCUGCCGGACUGCAGCAAGCUUCCCAGCAUGCACUGGGACCCCGUGGCCUGUACCAGACUGCCUUACUUAGCACCCCCGGCGGUGGCAUCCCCCAAGCCCAGUGUGGACACCCCCAGCAUGCCUUCCUCCUCCACCUCCUCUUCUCUCUCUGUCUCGCCCACGUACUCCAUGACUGUCAUCAUCUCCAUCGUGUCCAGCUCUGCAGUAUUUGUGCUUCUGACCAUAACUACUCUUUACUGCUGCCGACGGCGAAAACAGUGGAGAAAUAAAAAGAGGGAGCCAGCAGCCGUCACCCUCACAACCCUCCCGUCUGAGCUCCUGCUGGACAGACUGCACCCCAACCCCAUGUACCAGAGGAUGCCACUCCUUCUGAACCCCAAGCUGCUCAGCCUGGAGUACCCUAGGAAUAACAUUGAAUACGUGCGAGACAUCGGGGAGGGGGCAUUUGGCAGAGUCUUUCAAGCCAGAGCGCCGGGCCUACUCCCCCAUGAGCCCUUCACUAUGGUGGCCGUGAAGAUGCUCAAAGAAGAAGCCUCAGCAGACAUGCAGGCCGACUUCCAGAGGGAGGCGGCCCUGAUGGCGGAGUUCGAUAACCCCAACAUCGUGAAGCUCUUAGGCGUGUGUGCCGUGGGGAAGCCCAUGUGCCUGCUGUUUGAGUACAUGGCCUACGGCGACCUGAACGAGUUCCUGCGAAGCAUGGCCCCUCGCAGCACCUGCAGCCUCAGCCACCCCGACCCCAGGGCCGCGGGGGUAUGCCGGCCGGGGCCCCCGCCGCUCUCCUGCUCAGAGCAGCUCUGCAUCGCCAGGCAGGUGGCCGCCGGCAUGGCCUACCUCUCCGAGCGCAAGUUCGUGCACCGAGACCUGGCCACCAGGAACUGCCUGGUGGGCGAGAGCAUGGUGGUGAAGAUCGCGGACUUCGGCCUCUCCAGGAACAUCUACUCCGCCGACUACUACAAGGCCAGCGAGAACGACGCCAUCCCCGUGCGCUGGAUGCCACCCGAGUCCAUCUUCUACAACCGCUACACCACGGAGUCCGACGUGUGGGCCUACGGGGUGGUGCUGUGGGAGAUCUUCUCCUACGGCCUGCAGCCCUACUACGGGAUGGCCCACGAGGAGGUCAUCUGCUACGUGCGGGACGGCCACAUCCUGGCCUGCCCCGACGACUGUCCCCUGGAGCUGUACAACCUGAUGCGUCUGUGCUGGAGCACGCUGCCCUCCGACAGGCCCAGCUUCGCCAGCCUCCACCGCAUCCUGGAGCGCAUGUGUGCGCGCAUGGAGGCUGCCGUGGGUGUCUGAGGCCCGCUUUCCACCCGCACUCUGGGAGCCAGAGAAAUGCAGCGCCAGGCGGCAGAGCCCCCACUUGACUGCAAAGGACCCGGGUUCAACCCCUGGUCCCCACCUGCAGGGCGGGGAGCUUCACGAAUGGUGGAGCAGGACUGCGGGUGUCUCUCUGCCUCUCUCCCUGUCUGUCUCCCUCUCCCCUCUCGGCUUCUGUCUCUAUCCAAUAAUCAAUCAGUCAGCGGAGAGAGAGAAUUCCAAUGCCACAGGCCCAGUGAAACCCCCAGAAGGAAGACAGGAGAAACAUGUCAGUGUUUCAGGAUACACAAAGACAGAGCAGAGUUUGUGUGGUAGACAUACACCCUCAGAGUCAGGGAUUCUGGGUUGCUGAGAGGACGGCCCUUGCUCAGGGCAAGCUGGGCAUCACACGCUGGGCAGGAAGGGGUGUCUUCCACGUCAGUUCCUGGAGUGCUGGCCCGCAGGGAGACGCUGCCUACUGAGUUUUGAUACGGCCUUGCUGUUCAGUGCUCAUCCUGUCCAACAGAGUCGGUUUCUGUCCACUGUGAGAGUAGCAAGGCCUGCAACAAACUUGGGUCCAGGACAGAAGAUUCUAAGGGAAGGAAGAGCCGUUCAUUGCAUCCCCACCCAAAGAUAGGAGCUGAUUUCUUAUGAAAAUUCUCUCCUACAUUUAAGCAUUAUUGUUUAUCCCUUUGUACUCUACAGACUUGCAGUUAUGUUGUGUUAGUAGGGGAUUUUUUAAAGGCAUUGAGUAAUAACCCAACAGGAAUAUGACAAGAAUAAAAUGUCAGAUCAGCAAGAA